AUGUCUGCCGAGGAGAAAGUGCCAUUGUCAGCCUCGAGUCUCCCGAGGAAGGAGGCGGCACUUGGAGUGUUAAGCAAGUCAAAACUGCCCACAUCCUCCCUCCUGGAAGACAGUGAAAGCUGUAUCGAUCUCGACUGGGGCUAUGGUCCGGUGAAUAUCAUUGGCUAUGUCGACGCGUACACUUUGGAGACUGGAGUCAUUAUCAGCGUUCUCGGUAUCAGCCUUGGUGACAUUGUUGGAAACCUCAAAGAUGGCGUUGUUUUGAACAUCGAACUUUUCCUGGCUGUUGGCGCCAUUAGGCUUUAUCUGAAGAACGGGAACGAGAUUUGGGUGGCGCUUAACAUCAGGGUCAAGUUCAACGGAUGGUACUACAGUCACUACAAGAUUAUCAGCUUCUAG